AUGGAGGAGACAUUACGGCAGCUAUUGGUGGAUUAUAUUAACAAGAGGAACAUGCUGGGACAGGAGCAAACAUAUGAGACAGGAAUAUGGCAUGACAUACAGCAAUUGUUCGAUGAGUUCACAAAGACGAUACAAAAUCAGGAUGCCGAUGGUGCUACGGCCAUAUGUGACGCGGGCAAAGAAGAGAAAAAAAUACAAGAAAGGGAGAUGCAUAUGUGCCGGAUGGUAGUGAGAAUAUUACUAUACAUGAGCCAUGGUGAAACCCACGACGAGAUGGAACAGAGGGCAGAUGAACACGACAAAGAGUUAAAAGCAUGUAUUAGAACUAUAAUCGGAACUGUAACUAUACAGCAUUUAUUGAAAAGAUAUUGCAAAGCCGAUGAGGUCCUGCGGAAUGCUGUAGGCAUGGUCAAAAUAAUGGACACGAUGAUGCCAAGUGGGGUGGUGAAUAAUACAGGGUGCAAGGGCUUGCAAGUGCAAGGAUUAGUAAUAGGUGGAAAGGAUGUGACCAGUACAAUAGGACAAUGGAUAUUGCAGCGCAACAUUCUGGACGGGGACCCAGGGCAGGUGGAUUGGAAUGCCGGCUGCGGGGACGCGAAAAGUAAGAGGAAAGAUGUGACCAGCAUAGAAACAUUGCAGGAACUCAAGACUAUAGUGGUAGAGCAAGCGAAGGAACUGCAGGAUAAGGCCGAGGAGAUUAGGGAACGUAUUCAGAAGGAAACGAAUGGUGCGCCAGACACGAACGCAGCAACCAAAGCAACACCACAGGGAUCGGCAG